UAUGUGGCCAACAUUAUUUGCUGUUGAUUUUUCAGCCUGGAAACGUUGUGGUCUUGGUUGGCGAUUAUGGCCAACAUCAAUUCAGUAAUGACAACCUCUUCCUUCCUCUUCAGAGUGCUGUUUCUGCUUCUCACUAUUUCGGAUGUGUUUGUGCAAACCCGUGGCUUUAAUUUUGGAAUCAACUAUGGACAAAUAGCCAACAAUCUUCCUUCUCCAUCUCGUGUGGCUGUUCUUAUAAAAUCUCUGAAUGUCAGCAGAAUCAAACUCUAUGAUGCUGAUCCAAAUGUUCUAUCUGCUUUCUCCAAGUCUAAUGUAGAAUUUAUUAUAGGACUUGCAAACGAGGACCUGCAAAGCGUGAGAGACCCUAGUAAUGCUCAGAGUUGGGUUCAACAGCGUGUUCAACCUUACAUUUCACAGACCAAAAUCACUUGCAUCACGGUAGGAAAUGAGGUCUUCGAUAGCAAUGAUACUCAGCUCAUGAUAAACCUCGUUCCAGCAAUGCAAAGUGUGUAUAAUGCCCUUGUUAAUCUUGGACUAGCUCAACAAGUUACUGUCACAACAGCUCAUUCUUUCAACAUUUUAUCCUCUUCAUACCCUCCUUCAUCUGGGGCUUUCAGUCAAAAUCUGAUACAAUUUAUUCAACCCCUUCUUAACUUUCAUGCUCAAACCAAAUCACCUUUCCUCAUCAAUGCAUAUCCUUUUUUUGCAUAUAAGGGUGACCCAAAUCAAAUUUCUCUAAAUUAUGUACUUUUUCAGCCAAAUCCAGGGUCCAUUGAUCCAAAUACCAAUUUGCUUUAUGAUAACAUGUUGUAUGCUCAAAUUGAUGCUGUAUAUGCUGCCAUCAAAGCGCUGGGGCAUACUGAUAUUGUAGUCAGGAUUUCAGAGACAGGUUGGCCUUCUAAGGGUGACCCUGAUGAGGUUGGAGCCACACCUGAGAAUGCAGAAAUAUAUAAUAGUAAUUUGUUGAAGAGAAUAGAGCAGAAACAAGGCACUCCUGCUAAUCCAUCCGUUCCAAUUGAUAUUUUUGUGUUUGCUCUUUUUAAUGAGGAUUUAAAGCCUGGUCCUAUAUCAGAGAGAAACUAUGGCCUUUAUUAUCCUGAUGGUACCCCAGUUUAUAACAUUGGAUUACAGGGUUAUCUCCCACAAAUGGUUAUAGAAUCCAAAUCCAAUGUUUUGUCCAUCAAUUUUCUCAUCUUCAUAUUUACAUUGUUGGUGUUCACUUGGGAGCUUUCAAGAUCGUGAUGAGGAAUAAAAGAAAAGAUUUUGCAAGUGGAAGUUGUUGAAGGGAGACAAAAGCAGCAUAGCUUUUUUUUCUUCUCUUUUCUUGAAGGCAAAUCCUGCAUUUUUCUUACACAGCAAUGGGAACAAUUGUUCGAGGCUUAGCUUAAAGAAAUCUAGUAGCUCAAACCAUUCAUAUAAUUAUUGAUUUCAAAAUUUAGCAACAAUCAAAGGUAGAGGCCAGAAAUUGGAUAUGUAAUAAGGAGUAAAAUUAUUUUUUUGACAGAAAGUUGAUAUAGAAAGUGUAUUUUCUUUUUUAGACAGAAAGAUAGAAAUAUGUUGUAUAUGUAGAAGAAA